AUGGCUUACCGUACGACGACCAGAAUCGAGACAUUUCCCUCUUUUCGAAGCAAAAAUGGAUUGAAGUUUGUAGGAAAGUGCUAUACACCGGAGAAGUACAACCAGGAAGGUGUCACCCUUGUCUUCUUUCACUGCUCUGGCUCUCACAAGGAAGUGUGGGAGACCAUAAUCGCCCAUUUACUUGGCCUGGCUGAUAAGAAUGGAAAGCCGAUUGUACACGAGGCGUGGUCUUUCGAUAUGCCAAGCCAUGGGGAGGCUGCAAAGUACAACAAAGAGGUGCUCAGGAGUGCAGAGCUAAGUAUGUCCGUGAACGAGUGGACUGAGGGAUUCAGAGCGUUUGUGAAGCUUGGCGUCUUCGAGGGACACCAGCUUGUGGCUAUUGCUCAUUCCCUCGGAGCCACACUAGUUCUCCUCUCUCUUAUGCCGGGCGAGUUGCCCCCGGUGAACUACAAGUAUAUCGUGCUAGUCGAGCCUUCCCUCAUCACACAGGAGUCGUGGAAAGAGCAUAUGGAAGAUAGGCAGGGUGCGCUGAAAUUCCUCGCUAAAGCUACCAUGAAGCGGCGCGACACGUGGAACAGCCGCGAGGAGGCGAGGGAGUACUUUGAGACACGUCUGCCAUGGAACACGUGGGAUCCCCGUAUCCUUGACAUCUACGUUCGUCAUGGUCUAACGGAGGCGGAAGAUGAUGGAGUUCAAACAGGGAAGGUGGCACUCGCGACUCCUAAGGCACAAGAAAGCGCCGCCUUCGUCAACAUUGAACCUCACUUUGUCGUUGUCGAGUUUCUCAAAACGCUUGACCGAUCACUCCCAAUCCAUUUCGUCCUCGGGACGGACCAUGAUGUCAUGCCUGAUUACACGCAUCAAGGCGUCAUAGACGUCAGGCCCCCUGCGUCCGUGCAGAGGGUGCCGGAUGCUGCUCAUUUCGUCGUGCAACAGAACCCAGACGGCGUCGCAGCGGCGCUCACUCAGAUCCUGAAUGGGGCUGUAUGGCCCCGUGCAGCGCUCUGA